UUUAUAUCGUAAAAAUAAUGAGAAUAUAGCACUUUGAUAAUUCUCUCCUGAUUGGAAAGUUUUGGAUAGGAUCACUAUCUGAUUCCUUUAUGAUAGUAUUCGUCUUAGGCUCUUAUGCUAUGCUUCAAUGUAAUCUAUAUGUUAAUUGCUCCAAAUAGGUUAUUUUCUCUAUUUUUUUUCUGAAGAUUUCUAGCUUACGAAUUCAUGGGUGAGUUGGACGUGUGUGCUCCUGUUUUUGUAUAGUUAUUUAUGCGGAACUUUUACAGAACCUGGAGUGGUAAGAAGACCUUAACCUGAUGAUGAAGAAUCUUUUGGAUCAAUGAAAUCAAAUAGAAAAGAAAAAAAUGAAAAGAUUGGGGAAUACUUCCACGAAAGGUUUUGCUCAAGGUGUAAAGUCAUGAGGCCUCCAAAAACAAGUCAUUGUUAUAAUUGUAAUAAUUGCGUGAAGAUGUACGAUCAGUAUGAUAUGAAUAUAAAAUAUAAGUCAUUGCACAUUUAUGAGUAAUUGCAUAGGAUUAAGAAAUUACAGAUAUUUCAUUGGAUGGAUGUAUACUCUUGUCCUUUAAUGUAUUGUGUGGUAUAUUGUCCUGUUUCAACAUACAUAUCAAAUGUUUAGUUUGUAAGAAGCAAUCGAUAAAUUAUAUAAGUCAGAUUAUAUACAAUAUUCAGCUUUGGUUUUCAUAAUGUCACUUUGUUGUAGUUGUACUUUUUAGUAAAUAUUUUAUUUAUUUUACAGUUUACAUGGGUUGUUUUAAUCUUGUUUGAGUUUGUUAAUCAUCAGUUGCAUUGUAGUUUUUUUAUAUGGCAAUUACGAUUUUGAUAAGAAAUAUUAUGAAAACUAUUUUUGUAGUCUAAUAUUUGUGAUUGUUACUUUACCAGGAGCAUUAAUGUAUAAUUUAAUAAAACGUUUUUAGGGCUUUAUCGGUUUCCUUAAGUUAAUCUAUUCAUUUGGCAAUUGGGGUUAAUCAAAAGGAGUGGUCAGUAUUGACAAGAUAAGUUAAUUUAAAUAGCAUCAGAGAAACUAAUAUUGAAUUAAGCCCUUCUGCUAAUUUGGAUUAAACUAAUUAAUAUGAAUAAGUUGAAACUCAAAGUACUGAUCUUGUUAAGGAAUCAGAGGAGGACAAACAAUUAAGAUAAAAAGUUUAAGAUGAAAUUGAAAAUAAUCCAGAAUUAAGAGGCACUUUAUCAAAGGAGAAAAUGGAAUAUAUAUUUUAACAGAGAAGAAACUAUUAUUAAAAGUAAAAGGUGAUUGAAGAUGCAAAAUAAUAAGUUUAAACUUAUAAAAGUAAAGCUUCCCUACAAAAUUAUUUUAUUAAUUUAAAAAAGUUACUAUUUGACAAAAUUUGCUAAAGUGAGUUAUAUUGA